UCCUUAAUAUACUGUCACUUUUUUGUUUCCUUGACCUCUUGUUUGCCUUCUUCCACAAUGGAUCUUGAUUCUGAAGAUGAAGACGAGGAGCUGAAUGUUCCAGUAGUCAAGGAAAAUGGCAAAGCUGGUGGGAAGAAACAGAAAAGUCAAGAAAAGGUUAAGAAGGUGGACAAAGGCCUGGGUAGCAACUAGGACAUGGUUGAGUCAGUACCACCUAUCUCACUGGCCUAGAAUGUCCGAGGUGAUCAGGAUGUUGGAAGGAGACAGGCUCACAGAGAGAUGGGAGGUGUCGCAGAACGUGGACACGCCAGAGUUCGUCUCAUCGGAGCUCCUACUUCAAAAGUACAUGGAUUUUGCAGCGGACGAAUGCUCGCUUGGUGUAGAAGCCAUGGAGCUCUCUGGACUAAGGUGACCAUCUGAUCGAUCGGAUCGGCCAUCGCACAGGUCGCAUAGGUGUCUUGCCAUAUCAAGCCUAUAUUAUUGUUGUAUUACAUUGGACAGAUAGGGAAGGGAAAAAAUCCAGUGAAUUGUAGGGUGUGAUCUGUCUGCCUAUACUUGUGGUGGCAUUCAUUUGUGCAAAUGAUUUUGAUAUAUUGAUGUCGAGAAUAUAUAUGUUGUUUAUUUCUAUGUAAUCGUUGCACACUAUAAUUUUAUCAAACAACUUUUGUAUUGUUGCAA